GCGCAGUGCUGCGCAUGCGGGCGGGCUGAAACGAUGACAAGAUGGCGACAGCAAUGUACCUGGAGCAUUACCUGGACAGUAUUGAAAACCUUCCUUGUGAGCUUCAGCGGAUCUUCCAUCUGAUGCGGGACCUGGAUCAGAGAACUGAAGAUAAAAAGGUAGAGAUCGACAAAUUGGCAACUGAAUAUAUUUCAAACGUCAAGAGCCUGUCUUCGGAUCAACGAGUGGAUCAUCUAAAGAAGAUACAACUAGCCUACAAUAAAUGCAGAGAAUAUAGUGAUGACAAAGUGCAGCUAGCAAUGGAGACAUAUGAAAUGGUUGAUAAACACAUCAGGCGGCUGGAUGCUGAACUGGCCAGGUUUGAAGCUGAUCUGAAAGAAAAGUUGGAAUCAAGUGACUAUGAGAACUCAGGAGGGAGAGGUAGUAAGAAAGGCAGGGGGCAAAAAGACAAGAGGGGGUCUAGAGGCCGUGGCAGACGAGCUGAUGAUGAUGUUCCAAAAAAGAAGAAGCAGAAAGGAGGGGCAGAAUACUCUGACUCCAUUUUGAAGAUGCACCCAUCUGAUGUUUUGGACAUGCCAGUUGACCCCAAUGAACCCACCUACUGUUUGUGUCAUCAGGUUUCUUAUGGAGAAAUGAUUGGCUGUGAUAACCCAGAUUGCCCAAUUGAGUGGUUUCACUUUGCUUGCGUGGACCUCACAACAAAACCAAAAGGGAAAUGGUUCUGUCCACGAUGUACCCAAGAAAGGAAAAAGAAAUGAAGCUAGACUCUGCUCACUGGCCUAACAUUUGUGCUUUUUGUUCACACUUCUGCAGUUUUAUAUAAUUUCCCUAAAUUUGUUACUGGGCUGAGAGGGUGUUAUGGGGAUGUUUUGAUUUAUUUCGUUCCUACAGCUGCUUUAAUGAAAACUGUCGAGGUUUUCAAAAUGUAAUUUCUAGGUAAAUGAACCUUAUUUGGACAUUGAAGGUUUCUAUAGCUGACUGAGCUAGGAUACACAACUUGGACCACAGUAGUCCCCAAUUCACGAGGUUGGAGAUCCAUUCUGGGGUCAACUGGGUGUGAAUGGGAAUGAUAUGCGGGAAUACAUUGGAUUCUUGUUGGAAGUUAGGGAAUAGGGAGCUGUUGUAGAAAUUCUCAAACCUUUUUUGAAAUUGCCACAUUGAAAUGACAGCAGUAAGCAUUGGGUUCAGGAAAUUGUUUAAUCCUGUACACCCUAGUGAUACCAGAACAUUGAAGCUGGGUGCACACAACUCUGUUCUGCCAAAGGAGAAAUUGUAUUGUAAGUCUCUGUAUACUGAAGGUAACAUUAACCAAACCAGCCGUUGCUCUCCCUGGUCCCAGGAAGGUACCAGAUAUGCACCUCAUUUGCAGUUAUGCAGAAUGCACUUGGAUGCAACUGUUGCUGUGGAUUUGAUGUUACCUAAUAUUAAAGCUGCUUCAGGAGAGGAAAUGGGCUUGCAAAUAUUGGUAUGAACAGGGAUUUGAUCAUUAGUGGGGUGCACUGAAUUCUGAAAUGAUAUGAUUGUGAUAGUGAAAAAAAACCUUUAUACUUUGACAAAAGAUGUUUUAAGAAAAUGGAAAUGUCCAUUUAUUGUGCAAUAUUGUGGUUUAUAAAACCAUUUGAUACUUUCAUAAAGGAUUAUCCAGUGAAAGGAUUAUGUGGCAGGGUUUACAGACUCUUGAAGGUAUCUCAUUGAAGUUGUAAUUUGUAAACCAAAGAGCCCACGUUAUAAGAAUGUGAUAUUUUAGACCACUGAUGUCAGUGUGUACACCUUAUACUACUUGUUUUGUGUUAUAUAUAGAUAUAUAUAAACAUUUGAAUAUUUUUAAGAAUCCUUAAGCCUAUUCAGUAUGGAAGGAAGAUCUUAAAACCAAAAUAAAAUAUAUACCAGCUUUUCCUCUUGAACUUAAAUAUGAACUCAGUCUUACCGCCAUGAAUAAACAGUAACAUAAUGUGGACAGCAUAGCCAAUAUUUGACCAAACUUUUUGGGUUAAGCAGUGGAGUUAACUUGCAGAAAUAUGCAUUUAUAGAUGUUAUUGCACAUUAUAUAUCUAAUUCUCUAACAUCUACAAGCUUUCUGCAAGUGAAUGAUAAAUCUGUUGGUCAAUUGGACGUGCCCUUCCACUUCUAAUUGUUUUUGAUCAAUUGAGUGCCUUUCAUGUGGAAACUUGUCGUGUGCAGAAGAAUCUAGAAAUUAAACUCCUGAGAAAGCUGCAUGUAAUUCCUGUUUUCCUAAUAUGGUGUACCAAUUUUUAUCCUGUAGAGGGCACUCUACUUAAGUUUGUGGAGCUUGGUACAGGGUGGAAGGAUGAGGCUGUGGGACCGUUACUUGUGUGCAGGAUUACGGCUAUAAUUUAACCAGCAAAAACUACAUCAUUUAGAAACUCUCCACUCCCCUUUGGCUGGUAAUAAAGCUGUAUGGGGUAAAUCUCAGUUGCUUCAGGUCCCAGCUAGUCGUUCACGAAUGGUGCAUUGUAAUGAUACAGAUCUUUCCUACAUCAGGCGUCAGAUUAUUAAAACUGCCAGGGAGAAUGGCCUUGCUUAUUAUCAUCUUCCAGAGGCAAAUAAUCUUAGAACCACACAGUUUCCAGACUUGGCUGAGUCUCUGAGCACUGCAUAGGGUAUUCAAUGUAGUUUCUCCAAACCAGAAACAAAGCAGAAGUGAUCUUACUGCCUGCAAGUCCUGUUUAACUGCUCACAUAUGUAAUAUAAGAUCAGAAAUACAUUAUACAGCUCUAAUCCUGUACAUUAUUUGUAUGAAUUGGUUGGAAAAAUGUUUUAUAUGUUUGGCCUAAAAUUCACAAUCCCAGAGCUUGCUGAUACUGACUUCACGUUGAACAUAGAUACUGACGGCCCCACCCCGAAGUUUUUUUUUUAUAACUUACCACACUGUUGUGUAUGGUUUGGGUCAGCAUACCACAAAAAGCGCUGCUGAGAAAAGAAAACCAUCUCGAUCCCAAAUAGGAAGGCAUGCAACCACAUGUGAAAGAAUAGCAAAAACUAAUACUGUAUGCCUAGAAAGAAGAAGGUUAUAGUGGGAUUCAAUUUAGAGAAUCAUUUACAUACCACAUGGUACUGAUAAUGUAUGAAAAUAUGCCAAAGAAGAGUUGUAUUAGAAGCCAUAAUGAAAAAAUGGAAGUAAUCAGAACAAGUAUCAAGAACUUCUUUUCAAGUGAUGAUAAAAAGGUUGUACAAUCUACAGUUGAAAAUGUACAGUAACGGAAAGAGAAAUAGUGGAGUUAUUUAAAAUAUAAUUAUUUUCCAAUUUGGGGUUCCAGUGGAUCUGGAAAAUAUACUUGGAUAAGUGAAAUAAUUUAUCCCUGAACUUUUAAUAAUUUAUAAAUACUGGUGAUAAUGUAUUUCCUAUUUUGGAUUUUAUUAAUCACUACUGUAGACAUUUUUGAACUGAAUCCAUGUUUUAAUGCUUACUGUUGAUGAAGUCGACAGAACAUUGUAUUCACUGUUAUCCAUAGCAGAAAAAUAUAAAUGGCAAAACUUUGAUUAUAAUGGAGCUGAAAUACUUUGUUAGAGAGGGACAAAACCAUAAGGAAUCAGUCUGAUGGUUGACAUCAGUGCUGCAUGUUCAGAGAAUUAUAAAGAAGAUCUGUACACCAUGAAUGAUAACGAUCAAAAACAGGAGAAACUGAGUGAGAUACUGAUACACAGCCAACAUCUACCCAUAUUUUUCACAGAGUGAUCUCAAAAUAUUUAUGCAGUAACUGCGAUUCACUGGUCAUUGAUUAUUUUAGCCAUGUAUUUUCUUAGUACUUUCACAUCUGAUAUUUGUGACUAUUAUGUCUGUCUUGCCCACUUGGACAGACGUGUCGGUAAGCCUGAAGGUGUAAUUUAAGGACACAUGUUAAAAAUUAAACAAAUCCCAGUUCCUCUUUUGAUGAUUUAUAACCAGUUGUAGUCUAAUUCAACUGAAUAUGGCAGAGAAUGAGAAUCCAGUGGGCAUCUGGAUGAUAAAAUGUCUUGAGAGAGUUCAAUGUUUGCGUAAGGUGACAUCAUGUUUGGAUGCCCUUUUCUUUUUAAAUGUGUUUUUCACCAUUUCUAUGUGGAAAUAAAUUCAGCUCCUGUUAGAGAUGAUUGCUGUUCUCACAUCUCCUAUUUUUCUACAGCACAGUUCAAUUUCAGAACUUCAUACAUAGUAACCGUAGUGGUGGUAUACUUGAAUUCUAUUGUUCUUUCUGAAUGUAGCAUUACUAUUUUUCCCUAAUGCCACCCCUUGGAGUCAUAGAAUUACCUAGAAUGUACAGCACAACCACUCCAUGUUGUUCUCAAGCCACUUCCUGUCUUUCCAACUUCCUGUGUUCUUCCCAAUAUGCUCGUCAAGCCUCCCCUUUAAUGCAUCCAGCACAUCCACAGCCUGUGAUGGUGGUUUCAAAUUGUCACCACUCUCAGAAGAAAAGUUUUUUUUUACUGAAUUCCCUAUUUGAUUGUUGAUACUUCAUAUACAUGGCUUUUAAUCUUGCUAUGCUACUAGUGAAAACUCUAUGUCCACUCUAAAAAAAAAUCUCCCCUUUAAAUGUUCCUUUUCAAAAUGCGCUCAUUAUUGUCAGCAGCCAACCAUUCAGGAAACUGACCUUUUUAUAAAUCCACUGCUGUUUGUUUGAGGCUACAUGUUCACAUAAAAUAAAAAACAAUACAGCAAUGACAAUAUAUCUUUCUCAUUAUCCUAUAAUGGGUUUUUUAUGUAGACCUCAAAGUUCUAUAAAGGGGAGAUGACUUUUAUAGAAAACUCUCCCUAGGUAGGAAUAUUUUUACAUACAAAUCUAAGAGCACUUUAAUUAGUAAGAAAAUUAUUCACAAACUCUUUAUAAUCUAUCUAGUUUGUAGCAAAAGACAGUAUUUGCUAUGAAAACAGAUUUGCUGAAAUAACUUUGUGUGUGAUGGGCUUUUAGUUAAUCAUUAAGAGUACAUACUUUUGAAGAAAAUGCUUUUGCUAUGAAGAUUGCAUUGUUAAGACUACAGCCAGCAAGGCAGUGGAUGCUGUCUGUCCUGUGGGCUUUGUUGGUGGUCAAUUUUUUCUGUUGAGAUCAGUUUGUUUGAGAGGAACAAUGCAGUAACGAAGAUGCACCUUUAUUUUUUGGGUCUGUGCUGUACUUAGAAGAAAUAUGACUGAGCUAAGCUAUCAACACUGGUCUCCUACCUACUGUAUAGAGUUGCUCGAAAUCCCUUUAUCUUCUACUGUGUGGAUUAGAGAUAAGAAAGAUUGUGAACCAUUUUAAAAAAUGUAUAUUGCAUUUUUAGAUGUAAUGGUAUCAAAAUAAAAUAUUUUUGGAAAAUG